UCAGGCCGGUUGGACGAGCACUGACGGAGAAGCUUGCCGGCGAGGCGUGUCAGUCUGUCACCGCAGUCAUGAAUGAAUCCUUUCAAAGAGCGGUAGAGGAGGUGAAGCUCCUGGACCAGAGACCCGGGUACGGAGUACUGGCAGAUGUGUACACUCUGUAUAAGCAGGCCACGGUGGGCGAUGUUAACAUAGACCGUCCGGGGGUGUUUGACGUCGCAGGACGAGGAAAAUGGGACGCGUGGAAUGGAAAGAAAGGUCUGUCCAAAGAAGAAGCAAUGGUCGCCUAUAUUAAACUGGUGGAGGAACUGAAGGAGAAAUAUGGAUGCACCAAGACGGUGUAGCUGCUGCCCUCUUUGAUACUUUAUUACUGUGUAAGACAGUUAAAAUGCGUGAAAGCAGUCUGGAGUACCUUCUGCUACUCUAAGUUGGGUAAAACCAAAAAGCUUGUAAAGGAAUAGCAACAUUUUAGGAAAUAACGCCCAUUUGCUUCCUUGGUGACAGCAGGACAAAAAGCCGCUCACGCUAAGCUGAUCGUCCUCUGGCUCCAUAGGGAGCUUCAAGAGUGAUGGUAAUCUUCUCUUCUAACUAUCAGCAAGAACGUGAAACUGUGCGUCUCCUAAAAUGUCUGACUAAUGCUUUAGUUCAAAUACAAUGUACGUUUACAUGUAUAAACUGUUUAAAUAAAGAGAACCUGUAGACACCC